CUGAGAGAGAUGCGGCACGAGAACCUCAACCUGUACCUGGGGUUGUUCGUGGACUCGGGGAUUCUGGCUCUGGUGGUAGAACACUGUCCUCGAGGAAGUCUGGCUGACCUGCUGGCCGAUGGGGACGUCAGACUGGACUGGAUGUUCAAGUCUUCACUGCUCAUGGAUCUGAUCAAGGGGAUGAAGUACCUCCAUCUGCGAGGUCUGACUCACGGCCGUCUCAAGUCCACCAACUGUUUGGUGGAUGGACGUUUUGUUUUGAAAAUCACAGACUACGGACUUCCCAUGAUCCUUCAGUCCCAGAACCUCAGCCUUCCUGAAGACCCUCAAGAUCUGUUGUGGACCUCACCAGAACUCCUGAGGAACCCGGUCCGAGGAGGUUCAUUUGCUGGUGAUGUCUUCAGUUUCUCCAUCAUCAUACAGGAAGUGAUCUCCAGAACUUUACCCUUCGCUAUGAUGGACAUGCCUGCACAUGAGAUUGUGGAACGGCUGAAGAAACCUCCUCCUUUGUGCAGGCCGGUUGUUUCUGUGGAUGAAGCUCCUGCUGAGUGUCUCAAUCUGAUGAACGAUUGUUGGAAUGAAGAUCCAGACAAGAGACCGACAUUUGAUGACAUUUUCAAACAAUUUCGUGGCAUCAGCAGAGGCAGAAGAGCCAACAUAAUCGACUCAAUGCUGAGAAUGCUGGAGCAGUACAGCUCCAACCUGGAGGAUCUGAUCAGAGAACGGACUGAUGAGCUGGAGGUUGAAAGGAACAAGACGGAGAAGCUGAUCGGACAGCUCCUGCCAAAGUCUGUGGCUCAGGCUCUGAAGAAAGGGAAACCCGUCCAACCAGAGCAUUACUCAGACUGCACUCUGUACUUCAGUGACAUUGUGGGAUUUACCACCAUCUCUGCCCUCAGUGAACCCAUAGAGGUGGUUGACCUGCUCAAUGACCUGUACACCAUGUUUGAUGCCAUCAUUGCCUCUCAUGACGUCUACAAGGUGAACUACACUCAAACAUCCAUCUUUAUCUAUUUUACUCACCAAAAGAAUCUUUGACCUUCAGCAUUUAUUCACAGAAGAGUCCAUUCUACUAACUAUAUUUUUGCUUUUGCAUGUUUACCAGAGUUUGUUUUCAUACUCCAUGUAAAGUUUUUCUACUGAAUGCUUGUUGUCUUGGUGACUUCAGCUCAGUUGAUGAGCAGCUCCACCUCAGAGUCCAUAAACUCUGUUUCCUCAGUAGAAGACAUGUUGAGAGGUUUGAAGAGAUCCUGGAAGUAUUACUGCCAUCAACCAACAAUAUCUCUAGUCGGGGUGAAUGGCUUCCUACAGGACAACCAAAAACUCAUUACCCUUCCAAAGGUGCAGGAGAUCUCAAGAAGACCUGGUACUCCAAACUACUGUUCUUAGGCAAGAACACAUCCUGGCCUAAGUUGCGGUGGUAAGACCCUCUAGUCCAGCACCAUUAACUCCAACACUCGGCAGAUGAGCUGGAGGCUCAAAACCAAAUCCCACAGCAGCUUACCGGGCCUACCCUUGAAGUAUGGGGUUCCAUUUGUGCCAAAAAUAUGUUUUUGCGUCCACUGCUUUGUCGUUGGU